GUCCAGAAUUGGAUUCUUGACAGGGGUGGCAAGGGAGAGUGGCAACUUAUGUGGUCGGUUCCGGAGAACGAGUGCGAUGAGUAUAAUCGUUGCGGCCGCAACAGCGUGUGCACCUGGAACUACUAUACCGUCAACUGCGAUUGCAUGGAGGGGUUCAUAAAGAUUGCAGAGAACGGAAGCGAGGCCGGGUGCCAGAGGGAGAAGCCUUUGAAUUGCUCGUCGAACCAGUUUUCAAAGGUGCAGAACUUGAAGAUGCCCGACCCUGAGAACGCUACAGCACGAGGAAACAUGAGUCUCGAUGACUGCAAGAAUUUGUGCUUGAAGGAUUGCUCCUGAGUGGCGUAUGCGGUGAUUAGUGGGCUUUAUGGAUGCAUAACUUGGCCUAGUGAUCUGUUGGAUCUCAGGAUUUUUGUACUUGGAGGAGAUGAUUUAUAUAUUCGGCUCGCAGGAGAAUUGGAUCACCCAAGAAAAAACAGCACGGGGAGAAGAAUUCUAUUUAUUGUCGUCUCUAUUGCUGCAGCACUGUUAUUCCUUUGUGCCAUUUUUAUUUACCGUCGAAGAAAAAAAGCAACGAUACGAAGAGGGAAUCUACUUGCAGCAACAUUCAAUCAACAUGACAUAAGAGGUACAGAAUCACUACUGUUUGAUAUGGAGGCUAUUAGGAUAGCUACAGACAACUUCUCUGAUAGAAAUAAGUUGGGAGAAGGAGGAUUUGGGUCUGUUUAUAAGGGAACACUGGAGAACGGAGAGCAUGUAGCAGUAAAAAGACUUUCAAGAAGCUCAGGACAAGGACUAGAUGAGUUGAAAAAUGAAGGGUUGUUUUUGGUUGCCAAACUUCGACACAGAAACCUUGUGCGGCUGUUGGGUUGUUGCCUAGAUUCAGAGGAGAAACUACUUGUUUACAAUUACCUUGCUAAUACAAGUCUUGACAAGUUUUUGUUUGAUAAUUCAAAAAGAAAGCAGUUGGAUUGGGCAAGAAGGUUUAAGAUCAUUGAGGGCAUUAGUCGAGGACUUCUUUAUCUUCAUGAAGAUUCACCAUGGAAGAUCAUUCAUCGGGACUUAAAAGCUAGUAACAUCUUGUUAGAUGCAAACAUGGAUCCCAAAAUUUCAGAUUUCGGUCUUGCGAAGCUUUUUGGUGUAGAUGAAACCCAAGGAAACACUAGAAGAAUUGCUGGAACAUUUGGAUAUAUGACACUGGAAUAUGCCCUUCAUGGACUCUUCUCAGUUAAAUCAGAUGUGUAUAGCUAUGGUGUGUUAGUCUUGGAGAUCCUAACUGGUCAGAAGAAUAAUGGUCACCGAGGAUCCGAAUAUCCAAUUGAAAUGGUUACUCAUGUGGUCUGGCGUCAUUGGACCCAAGGAAAUGCCCUGUGA